AUGAAUCUGGAUGUGUUUAACGGCUCGGAGCAGACAAAGAGCGAACGCAUCAGAAUGCGACCCAUCGGCUUCCGUGUACGGUUUGGCGUCUCUUCGCUGCAGCUGUUUCGGCCGCGAAAACGCAUGUUGGUUGCAGACAGGACUGUGGGAGCUCAGCACACAGAGGAGCUUCUACACAAGUUGCGCUCCUCCCUUUUCGUGGAGACAUCCUUCUUGGAGGAGCGCCCAGCAGAUGCCAAGUGCUCUUCCUUGGAUGGCCCCCGAUGCCUUCUGGCCCUUAGUGCCGGACUCCCCUUGGACGGCCCUGGCGUGAUUCCAGAGAGGAUUCUUCAUGACCUGGGCGUCGACGGACCGGGUGUUGACUUUACGACGCCCGAGUACAUGAUCCUUGAGGCGCAUGUUCGCCAAGCAUCUCUUGUGCAGGAGCUCUCGCAGGAGCCAGCGCUGCUUUCGGGUCUUGACGCCCGCGCCUUCCUGGCACAUGGCCGGAACGCAACGGCCACAGGAUUGCUGCAUUUUACGGGCGCUCAGCUUGACCGGCGGCUGCCAGUAACUUUCUCGCAAGGGCUGCCGAGCAACGUGGUAGCCACUUUCGACGGGCGCUGGAUCGCGCGUGAUUGCCAUUCAGCCGGUCGCGCCGUCGCAGGUCUUCCCCAAUCUGUGAGUGAUGGUGCACUGGCUCUUCCUGGCGUUGACGUCCCGAUUGCGGCUGGCUUGCCGAACAGCGAGGCUGUGGCCGAGCAACAGCUGUCAGUCUCCGCAGAGCUCGGGGGAUCCAUUGGCUACCUCCGCUUCUCGCGCCCGGUGUCGGUCCGGUCGCUCUUUGCGCGCUGGGCACCACCAGUCGGAGCUCCAAAGGCACUGAUCGGCGGACGCUUGGGCCUUCAGCUUGUUUGGACAAGCCACCUGGAUCCGGAGAGGUUGCAAAACGAGCGUGCCUGGGUCGAUAUGGGCGGCGGUGCCCUGGAUCAGGUGGACGAGCUCGUCUUCGUGGCAGCACAGGGCCUGCACGUCGGUGCUAUCGGCAUCGCGAGCAUGGGAGAGGUCGACCUCGCUACGUCCGAGGAGGCGAGGACCGUGAUGAUGCUGCGCCCUGUCACCGAGGCCGAGGACGGCCAGCCACCGCAGUUCACGUUGACCAUGCAGAGGCUGCGCUCGGAUGCCGCCCCUUUCGUGGCCUCCCUACAGGAAGUCGUCGAUCUCAACUUGAGGCUGCGCGUGUCGGCGCCUGCGAGGGCGCUUGGCGGGCGACGCGGCGAGAAAGUGGACGGAGUGCUCCUUGGAAAAAGGGAAGAGGAGUGCCUGCACAGCUUGUUCCAGGAACAGGCAAAAAGCCAAGCGCUGUCGGAUGCUAUCGACAUCAACAUGCUACGGCCUGGUGAAGCGUUCAAGGCGGCCUUCAUCUUUGGUGAUGCUGACAGGCUGGUCCACAAGUGGCCAUUCGAUGCUAAAGCCCGCCAGGUGCCUGCUCCGGUUUUGCGUGGCAUCUUGAAGCGGAUCUCGAGACUGGGCCAUUUGCCGAGCUGUCCUGUUUUGAUUGGCUCACACAAGGCCGGAUGUGGCUGUGGCUUCAGCGACAUCUAUAGCGGCCUGCCAGCGACGUCCGAGGACAUCGCGACUGCCUUGUCUUAG